GGUUUGCAAUUCUAUAAGCCCUUUCAAGAUUUCGAUCAGGUGGUAAAUUGUGACCAAAUUGAUCUUUAACCGGCUGGCAAAACGAACUUUGACUGUGUUCCUAUAGUGUACAAGAGGUUUGCAAAUUAAGGAUUCAAACUUGUGCUCAUUAUGUUAACAACAAGAGGAAACAUUUUCACGUAUGUAAAACGUGUGGAACAGGCAUCCCGCGACCUUCUGCUCAAAGAAACACCUCUUCUGUGGCCUAGAUUCUGCGGUCGAGCAGUUUCAACGAAGAGUGGCUAUAGGCAAAGGUAUGACAAUACGGGAUCUCUACCUGACAUAAAGAAUGUUACUGUCAUUGGGCUAGGAUUAAUGGGAUCUGGCAUUGCUCAAGUCGCCGCUCAAAAUAACUUCAAAGUGACUGUUGUCGACGAGCAGGAUGAGUACCUACAAAAAGGCAUGGUUUUAAUUCGAAAGUCUUUAGAUAGAAUCACCACGAAAAAGUUUCCAAAUGAGCCAAAGGGAAAGGAGAAGUUCAUUGAUGACACCCUGAGCAAGAUUAAGGUAUCAAGGAAUGUUUCUAGAUCAGCGGAGGAUGCAGACCUGAUUAUUGAAGCAAUUCCUGAAAACAUGGAUUUGAAGCAAAAACUCUUUAACCAGCUUGACGAGGCAGCUCCAGCCAGAACAAUCUUUGCAAGUAAUACAUCCUCUAUGUCAGUAACAGAAAUUGCCAAAGGUACAAAUAGAGGUGACAGGUUUGGGGGCCUUCAUUUCUUUAACCCUGUACCUAUGAUGGCACUUGUGGAAGUUAUUAGAACGCCAGAAACAACUGACUCUACAUUUAAUGCAUUGUUCAAGUUUUCUCAAGAGUUGGGUAAAAGUCCUGUUGCCUGCAAAGACACUCCAGGGUUCAUUGUGAAUCGCCUUCUUGUGCCCUAUAUGAUGGAAGCAGUUAGAAUGAUGGAAAGGGGAGAAGCAACCCCAAGUGAUAUUGACAAAGCUAUGAAACUUGGUGCAGGAUACCCUAUGGGACCAUUUGAAUUACUAGAUUACGUUGGACUGGAUACCACAAAGUAUAUCAUUAAUGGAUGGCAUAAUAUCUUCCCAGAUAAUCCACUGUUUGAUGAAAGUGAGACAUUAAAUAAUCUGGUGGAUGAAGGAAAAUAUGGCAGAAAGUCAGGUGCUGGAUUUUACCAGUACAAAACUGGAAAUGGCAAAUGAAUGUCUAAAACAGAAAGAAAAAGCAAUUGUUACAGUAAAUAACUACUCAAAAGUCAUAGCAAAGAGUCAAUCAGGUAAAAUUCGCUGACAUUUGCUAGAUUAAAUUAAUUGCACAGUCCUAUACCCUAUAGAAAUUUUAUGCUUUUAGACAGAAUUCUGACUAGAUUUUGUUGUUCUGAUUUUUCAUGUUAUAUAUUUUUGAAUUCCUAAGUGAUAUGAAGUCAUUUUGUUGGAAUAUUCUAGUUACUAAAUAUGCUUACCGAUGUGUUGUGAAAUGUUUCCAGCAAAAUGAUUUAUUAAUUAAAGCUAAUAUUUCUCCAA